UACGUCACGCCCGAAAAUUUAUUUCCCACGUCGUACGUCCUACCGAUCAGUCGGCGCGUGAAGAACAGUAUCAAGGCGCAGUGGUUCGCCGACUGGCGCGCCAUCGCCGACUGCUUCCUGCGCUUCCCGGACCCCCGUAGAAGAUUAGACGGCUCGGAAGGGUUGGCGUCGCGAUUAUCGACGGCGUGUUCCAAUGAGCUCCAGUUCGUCCCCAGUGGCCCUAGACGUUUACCCUCACCGUUCGCAUUGUCACUCAUCGACCGGGCCUUCCAUUCCGCGUAUCUGGAUCCGGCGCGGCACGCGCGGUUGCGCGAUUAUGUGCUGGACCAGUACGUUCCUGGGCAGUUCGGCGACGUCUGCGAGCGAUUGGGAUCAUGGCGCGUCGCCGAGGCCGUACGCAUGUCCAUGGGCUCGCCGCUAGAUGCGCGCCCUAGGCGCCUCCAGACGUUCUUCGACCCGUUGACGCCGGAGUACGACGCGAUGGUCGCCUGCCACAACGUCGAGUAUCCCAUAAAACACCCGGACUGGCGGCGGGCGGGCCUGCCCGGCGAUUUAGGGUUGGACGGGCCGUGCGACUAGCAUCCGGGGGCUGCGUCGUCGGGUUGAGACUAACAGUUUGUGUGUAUAGAUAAAUCCCCGGACCGCCCCUAUGUCGAGGCUACGAGCGAUUCCUGCGCGGCGCGGUUUUUCCCAUUUGUACGUGUCCAAUUGAUCUCUUUGGACCAGUAGCGAAGGAACGAUACUCAAACGGCUGCUUGCGUCCUUGCUAGUGUCUUACAGGCCCUAGCUAAGUUGUGAAAGCUUUUGCCUUGCAAGUGCAGCCACAAGCGGUCCCCCGCGGUGCAGCCAGACCAUCAAAAGCAGCAUUCCGAAGCGAGCUCUUGCAGGCGUGAAGUCAGCGUGCAGUAAUACGAGCUACGUGUGCACCAAUCAUGCCAUCUCUAAGACUGCUACUUGCACUCGCGCUCGCGACGACGGCGUCGGCGCUGCACGAGACUCGUGCGAGGAGCAUAGCGCUGCGCGGCGGCAGCGACGACGACGGCGAAGGCCUCUUCGGCGGCGAACCAGUGGACGACGACGACGACGACGAGGAGACGAAGGCCUCGAAGCGCUACGCGGCCGCAGUCGCGCAACUAAAGAAGGAGGGCGGCGAGUGCGAGGCGCUCGACGAGUUCGAGGCCGAGUCGCUCAAGCCGGACCGCGACGAGUCGAAACUCGCGGUGCUCUGGAUGGAUGUGAAGCUCCAGAACCUCCAGAAGAAGCGGCCCGAGGACUACAAACCCGGCGACGCGGCGCAUGCCUACGCCCGCGGCGUCGCCUUCCUCGCAACGGAGUGCGGCGCCUACGUCGAGGCCGAGAAGAUAUCCGUCGAGACGCACGACGCGUUCUGCGAGCGGUGCGCCCAGGCGCUCGAUGUUGAUGUGAAGAUUUUUCGGGAGACGCUGGCCGAGUUCGAGGCGAGUCUAGGAAAACAGUUGCACGAAGGCGUCGCGCAACGCGUCAAGGCGUUGCGGGCGGCGCUGGACGACGAAGGCUUCGCGGAGAAAGCUUUCGCGUCACUACAGAAACGCGAGUCGAAGAUCCUCGAGAUGGUAUCUGACGUGUCGAAGGUGGAGGAUUUGCGCAAGGACAUGCUCGCGAACCUCGAUCAGGCGGCCGGCGACGCAGUCGCCGAGGCCGCCAUGUGCCAGCAGCUGAUCCCCGCCGUGGAGGCGAUGCUCGGGGAGAGGUUG